AUGACAUCGCUUGAGCUCUACCCCACGUCGCCCAAGCACACGCUGGCACAAUUCAUUGGCAGGUCCAUUCGCGACGUGCCGACUCCAGCUGCCGUCGUCAAUGUCGCGGCUGUGCGGCGAAACUGUGAGCGCAUGCUCCAGACCUGUCUCGAGCUCGGCCUGGGCUGGAGGGCCCAUGUAAAGACACACAAGACUGUGGAAAUAACCGAGUUCCAAGUCGGACACGACGUCACGAAGCCCGUCAACCUCAUCGUCUCAACCUUGGCCGAGGCCGAGUUUCUCCUGCCCAGGCUGGAGAAGUACAGGAGCCAGGGGAGAAAGGUCAAUGUUCUCUACGGACUCCCAAUUUCUCAGGACGCACUGCCGCGCUUGGCAGCAGUUGCUCGGGCCCUGGGGGAGGGCAGCGUGUCCGUUCUCGUCGACGAUCCUGCGCAAAUCCCAAUCGUGUCCCAGUUCCGACGCCAGUCGGGCGUGAUGCCUCAUGCCCACAUCAAGGUCGACAUGGGCGGCAAACGAGCCGGCGUCGAGGUGCAGAGCCUGCGGUUUCUGCAACUGGCCGAUGCGGCACUCGAGGCACACAGCCAAGCCCAGAUUAGGCUUUCUGGCCUGUACUCGCAUGCGGGGCAUUCGUAUGGAGGCGACAGCCGCGCGGCGGCCAUUAAGACGAUGAGGGCGGAGAUCGGUGCCAUGCUCGAGGGCGCCGACCGGUUGACGUCGCGCGCCGCGGACAAGGCGGCCGCCGACCUCCCUCCCCUGGUGGUGUCUGCCGGGGCGUCGCCCACGGCCCUGGCCGUUCAAAACCUCAUCAGCACGGCCGAGGAAGGGCGGGACAGCAGCGUCCCCGGCCAGCUCGAGGCCGAGGUCGAGGCGCUCGCGGGCCUCUUCGCCACUGCCAGGCGCAAAGGGCGCCUUGUCGAGAUCCAUGCCGGCGUCUACCCCGUCCUGGACUUGCAACAGCUGGCGGCUCACAGCAUUUCCGGCUCCAGACUCUCCUGGGCGGACAUGGCGCUGACGGUCCUGGCACAAGUCCACAGCAACUACCCCGGACGGGGAGCCAACGGGACGCCCGAGGCUCUCAUUGGGGCGGGAGGCAUCGCACUGGCCCGGGAAGCAUGCAAGGCGUACGAGGGCAUGGCGAUGCUCACUCCGUGGGGACGAAAGGAUGUCGGCCCGCCGACUUGCGACGUUGAGCAUUUCCACGGCUGGAUCGUCGGUCGCUUCUCCCAAGAGCACGGCAUUCUGACUUGGAGGUCUGGAAGCGCCAGCGAGUCUGGGCCUGUCCAGCCAGAUCAGGAGCUGCCCGGGGUUGGCGAAAAGGUCCGGCUCUGGCCCAACCACGCCUGCAUCACCAGUAGCCAUUUCGGCUGGUAUUUCGUCGUGGACGAGGACGAGGCAGGCAAGGAGGAUGAGAUUGUCGACGUCUGGGUUAGGUGCAGAGGCUGGUAA